AUGGCAGAUAAUCCACCGCCACCAGAAAGACUGUUGGAUGAUUAUGGAGGUGCAAAUGCAUCAAUCGGCAGAUUAACUAUUGUCAACCAACCAGUGAACGUGGAUAAUUUCCAGUUACAUCCAAGCACUAUUAAUCAGCUUGAAAGAAAUCAUUUCACUGGAAAGAAGGACGGGGAAACUUUGGGAUACGCCUACAAGAGAUUCAAGAGAGUCCUGGUCGCCUGCCUAACUCAUAAUAUGGAUCCAACCGAACAGAUGCAAAUGUUUAUGAAUGGUAUCAAAGUAAAGACCAAGCAGUUGAUUGAUACCGCAGCCGGUGGCUCCACUAAUUUCUCAAUAGCCACCGGUAUCAAGAAGAUCAUUAAAUCUAUUACUACUAAUGAGCACUUGGAGUUGUACGAUAGAUGUCAAAGCAAACCAGAAGGGGUUAUAGAUUUGAAGAUGGAAACCAAUAAAAUACGUGUCGAAGAUACUAUAGCUGCAGAAGUUGAGAAGAAGCUGAAGGCGAUGAAUAUAGGUACCCAACAGGUGGCACAGGUCCAACCGACUCCUACUGUCUGUUAUGAAAUUUGUAAUGGUCCGCACCAAACUGUGUAUUGUUUUGAAACUCCUCAACAAGUGGAGGAAAUCAAAAUUUUGAAGCAGAAUAAUCCGUAUUCCAACACGGACAAUCCGGGUUGGAAGAAUCAUCCCAACUUCUCAUGGAAAGACCAGAAAGGGACCGCUCCUCAACACGGUGCUCUACCUAGUGCAACUGUGACAAAUCUUAGAGAGCAUAAUAAUGCGAGCUUUGUGACAACAAGAAGUGGUAAAUCUGAUGAAAUAGUCGAGGAGGUGGAUGAAGAGGAAGAUCAAUUUAUCGAAGUGGAUCUUGAGAUCAAGGAAAAUGAAGUUGUGAGGGAAGAAGUGGUAGCACCGAAAACAGUAGUGAAAGAAACAGUCAUUGAGCCUAAGUCGGUUGUUAAGCUUCCCUUUCCCACCAGAAACAAGAAAAAGGGACAACAUGAGAAAAACUUUGAAAAGUUCCUAGAGUUGGUCAAGAAACUUGAGAUUAACAUUCUGCUGUUGGAGGCACUUGCACAAAUGCCUACUUAUGCCAAGUUCAUGAAGUACAUCAUUUCUAAGAGGCGCACCACUGACACCAACCCGAUUAUUCUAACCGAAACUUGUAGUGCUAUUUUACAGGGUAUGAAGAUUCCAAUAAAGAAGAAAGAUCGAGGAGCUGUCACUAUCCCUUAUACUAUUGGAGAUAGGUCAUUCAACAAAGCUCUUAUUGAUCUAGGAGCUAGUGUGAAUCUCAUGUUGUUAUCCAUUUAA